CUUCAAGAUUUUAUCGGAGCUAAUUGAAUUCGCCUUCCUCUCAUUCGUUGGAAUGUCGUCGCAUCGCAUUGCUGAACAUCGUGAAGUAUCCUAGAUCGGUUUUUUUUUUCUUGUUAGAUGCAAGCAACUUCCGAUUUUUGCUUGUUGGUCCCCCCCAGUAAUGCUACAAUAAGAGCCUCAUCUUGGCAAAGGCAAUUAUUUAACUAGGACUUUACCUAUUAGAUCUAAAAUCUUGUUCCAAUAUUUGCGGCUUAAAUUUGCGGCUUAAAUUCUUUUCGUUCCGUCUUGUCACCGAAACCACCGAGUUCUGGUCGCACCUCUCGGACCUCGUCUCGACACAAUGGCGACUCCUCGAACCCUCGUUCGAAGCAUACAGAAGCUUCAAUUUUCCUCCUCCCAAUCUCUAUCGCAUCUCAGGCGACCUGCUCUUUCUACAUAUAGCAGGAUAAUAUCUAACACGCCAUUAAUAUGCCAUACCCGAGCCAGCGCUUCCAUACUCCGACAUUUUAGCACAUCUCCUCUACGUCAGCAUGGGCAUAUACAUCCGCCUAAGCCAGGCGAGGAACUCUACGUAACGUUUAUCGACAAGGAAGGAAAUGAGCACAAGAUCGCAGUUUCUAAGGGGGACAACCUGCUAGACAUUGCGCAAGCGCACGACCUAGAGAUGGAGGGGGCAUGCGGUGGCUCGUGUGCGUGCUCGACGUGCCAUGUUAUCGUCUUGGACGAGGAUUACUACGAGAAGAUGCCCGAGCCCGAAGACGACGAAAAUGACAUGCUGGAUCUGGCAUUCGGUUUGACCGAGACAAGCCGACUAGGUUGUCAGGUUGUUAUGACUAAGGAACUAGAUGGGCUAAGAGUCAAGCUGCCCUCCAUGACGAGGAAUCUGCAAGCGAGCGAUUUCGGCUCGAAAUAAUGGAUAUACGAUCCGCCAAAGUUAAAGGACAGUUAAAGGCCAGGGAUAGACAUAUUAAAAAUCACCGAGUUGUACCAAUAUGGCGACAGGUAAGGCGUAGUGCACCGGUGUGGUGGUGGUAUUACAAUUGGCAGCCUGGAUAAAGAUGGUGAGCCAUACGAUACGA